UUUCACUGGGCCUUCCUUUGGGGGUUUUUGCAAGCCAAUUGGGGGCUUUGUUCUUGUUCCUUCCUGCCCUUUGAAGGUUGGUCGACACUGGGGGAAUAACCGACAAUGUUUGGUCCGCAAAUCGUUCAACGACCUUUCAUCCAAGCAGCCAACCCAUAUACCAUGCACGUGCCUGCUCACAGGUUGCAGCAUGCACAACAACAAUCACCCGCCUUGCAUCACCCGCCAACAGCACCUAUUCAAACUCAACAGCCUGCUGCUCCUCACCAGCCUUCACCUCAGUUUGCCACACCCAUUCCUCCGCAGCCUACUAUCUCCAACCAAGGAACUUCCCGAGCCAGGCCGUCUCCAUCCCCCAUUCCAUCACGACCUAUUCAUCACCCCAUCCCCACGCAACACCCACCGACACCACAACAACCACCUCAGCUGCACCCGCAUCCACAAAUGAUUGGACAGUUCCGAGUUCCCGAAGUUCCUGAAGGGCGAAGAGUAUCCUUGUCACAGCCAAGUGCUGUAAUUGCCGAAGGAGCAUGUACUUUACGCUUGCUAAAAUUUGCCAAAGCUUUGGAUCCGGGAGACGACAAUCGAAAUACUCUCAGUUACUGGCAGCGGUUCACCACAGACUUCUUCUCUCACAACGGUCUUUUCGUUCUAGACUACAAAAUCCCUGGAGCUGAUCCCCGUAGUUUCAAAUUGACCACCGCCAUGUUACCACGAUAUCUACAAACCAGUCAUGAAUCAGGAGUUAUGAGAUUGCAGAUGCUUUUAACGGAUCCUACGGAAACCCAGACAAGUAGAGAUAUCAUCGUAAAAUGCCCAAGCACUUCGUUCAUUUACACCUACGCUGGUGGAAUAAAGGUGAUACAUGAGGGGAGUUUAUCAGCGACCUUUUCUUCAGCAGGGAGACUCGAUUACUUUAAACUGGAAAUAAGUAGCCAAACCGAGUUCGUCGCCAGGACGGCUCUGGAAAAAGAUACCAUUCAAGUUCUAUCUGAUGAGCUGAAGGUGGAGGGACAGUCUGAGGCUGAGACCGCUUCAUGCCGUGGUCAAGUUCAGUCGCAGGUAGACGGAUUAAAGAACGUAAAAGAGAGAGUGUAUGCACCAGAAUCGCCUCUUGAGGGAAGCAAUGGUUGCGGUAUAACAUUAAGGGCAAUGCGCUGCUUGGAGAUUGCGGAAGUCGUGUAUUCAAUGCAAGACUUGAUACCCUGGAGUGUGCAAAAAAAUGCGGAAGGCGGCAGUAUGGGACCAAAGCAGGCACUGCGGGAGUGCUCUCGACAAAUCCUGGCUCAAUGGCGUCAACGUGACGGCUCUUUCAGCUCUACGAACUACAAUGUACCAAAUUAUCUAGUACCCGACUCGGACACUUUAAGGACACCGGUGCUACCAACCGGCCUUAAACCGCUACAUCACAUGGUGCAGCUUACGCCCAUUGCAAUCACCCCAACAUCCGCCGCGUCGGCAGAUUAUCUAGGAGAUUACUGGAUGGACUCACCAGCAUUUGCAGGAAGGAAGAGGCCGCCACCAAUUGAUACGUCCGAUCAGGGACGCGGUCCCAAAAAGAGAGCGACCCCAUCACCUCGGAAAACAAAGCAGCCAAAAGUAGGCAGUGGCCGUGGACGACGAGGGUCGAUGACUGCGAGCGGAUAACAGAAAGCGAAUCAGCAUUCACGCAAGAUUGUACAUAGUUAAUUUUUUCAAACUCCUCCCAAGGUACCAAUUUAGGGAAACACGCACAAAAAACCAGGAUUUACGCAUUUUGGGAUAGCUACGCUAGUUUGGUUUGGAUAGUACCGCUGCGUGGCGAACACGCUCCUUUGUCUCCACUAUCUUUUACUAUUGGUGUAAAUCAGAGACCCCUUGUUGUUGGGGUGUCCACAUUGGUUCUUUUCU